AUGAAUAAUCUUCCUAAGAAAAAAAAUCUUUUGAAGCUUAUUAUUCCUUCUGGAGGCGCAACACCUCAACCUCCUAUAGGACCUGCGUUAGGAGCCCGUGGCGUCAAAUCAAUGGAUUUUUGUAAGGAAUUUAAUGAGAGAACUUGCCAUUUCAUUCCUGGAAUCCCUAUUCCUACAGUAAUUGCAAUUCAGCCUGAUCGAAGUUUUACGUUUGAAAUAAAGACGCCUCCUACAAGUUGGCUGCUUUUUAAGGCAGCAAAUGUUGAUAAGGGAUCUUCUAUGCCUGGGAAAACAUGGGUUAGUAGUAUUUCUUUGAAACAUAUUUAUGAAAUUGCAAAAAUAAAACAUAAAGACGAAAAUCUUCAGGGGAUUUCUCUUGAAAGUAUUUGUAAAAGUGUGAUUGCAAGUGCAAAAAGUGUUGGGAUUCAAGUAGUUCCAUAA